ACCAAGCAGACCAGGGCGAUCUUGGAUUCUCUCCACGCUUUGCUUGGCAUCACCUGCAGUCUAAUCCAUUGAUUGGAUCGCGUCGUGCUGAGCAACCAUCACAUUGCUCGAGCAGCGUCUGCCAAGUAAGCGUCGACAGCGUCACUACGUCAGCACCAUGGGCGGAGGCAGCCCCAUGCAGGCCGUGCUGGUGGCCCCGGGCGUCAAGGGCAAGAAGGUGCUCUCGUUAGACCGCGUCGGGCUCAGGGAGAAGGACGCCGUCGCCGGCCUCAUCCGCUCCAUCGUCGCCACGUCCAGCCCCGCGCAGCGGAGCGCCUUCCACGUCCUCGACCUCGCCAGGGUCGCCGACCUCUUCCGCGCCUGGCGCCGCGCGCUCCCCGACGUGCGCCCCUACUACGCCGUCAAGUGCAACCCCGAGCCGGCGCUCGUCGGCGCGCUGGCCGCGCUCGGCGCGGGCUUCGACUGCGCCAGCCGUGCCGAGAUCGAGGCCGUGCUCGCGCUCGGCGUCCGCCCACGCAGCAUCGUCUUCGCCAACCCCUGCAAGCCCGAGCCGCACCUCGAGUACGCCGCGGAGGUUGGCGUCAACCUCACCACCUACGACUCCGUGGAGGAGGUGGCCAAGGUCAAGCGAUGCCACCCCAACUGCGAGCUCCUGCUCCGCCUCAAGGGCCCCGACGGCGGCGAGGCCAAGAUCGACCUGGGCACCAAGUACGGCGCGCACGCCGACGAGGUGGUGCCGCUCCUGCGCGCCGCCCAGAGCGCGGGGCUUAACGUCGCGGGCGUCUCCUUCCACGUCGGGAGCGGCGCGUCCCGCAUGGACGUGUACCGCGAGGCCAUCGAGGCCGCGCGCGCGGCGUUCGACGCGGCCGUCGCCCUCGGCAUGCCGCCCAUGCGCAUGCUGGACAUCGGUGGCGGAUUCACGGCCGGCGCCACGUUCGACGAGGCGGCGGUCGUCAUCAACGACGCGCUCGCGCAGCACUUCAGCGACCUGCCGUGCGUGGAGGUCAUCGGCGAACCGGGGAGGUACUUCGCCGAGACCGCGUUCACGCUCGCCGCGCGCGUCAUCGGGAAGCGCACGCGCGGCGAGGUGCGCGAGUACUGGAUCGACGACGGCCUCUACGGCUCGCUCAACUGCAUCCUCAUGGACCACUACGUGCCGCGCCCGAGGCCGCUGGCCAGCCCGCGGCCCGGCGAGAAGACGCACACGUCUACCGUGUUCGGGCCGACGUGCGACUCCCUCGACACGGUGGUGAGCGGGUACCAGCUGCCGGAGAUGAGCGUGGGCGACUGGCUCAUCUUCGAUGACAUGGGCGCCUACAGCACAGCGGCCGGCUCCAAGUUCAACGGGUUUGACACGUCAGAGAUAAAGAUCUACUUGGAGUACUCCACCUGAGCAAGAACAUCGUCGACGAUGUCAGGACGGAUAUUGAAGCAGGGGCUUUAAGUUAUUACACUUUUUGUGAAAUGAAAUUGUACAUCUUUUCUCUAGAAGUUGUUGGUUCAAAUGUAAUUUAUUUUACAUUGAGGUGUUAUAUGUAAAAAACAGUAUAUUCGAUUGUCAAUU